ACACUUUGUUUAAGUUAUUGACCUCUUAGGUGUACCGCGCUCUAGGACUGUUUUUUGAGGUCAACCCGGAUUAGAAAUUAUGUCAGGAAGAGGCAAGGCAAGAAAGGCAGCUGGCGGCAAGAAACACACAAAAUCCAAUAGGGCUGGCUUAGUGAUUUCCGUCAGUAGAGUUCAUCGUUAUAUGAAGAAAGGUCGAUACGCUCGGCGAACGUCAAUCGCUGCAUCAGUGUAUAUGUCUGCUGUUAUUGAAUACUUAGUAGCUGAAGUGAAUGAAUUGUCAGGAAAUGCUGCAAAAGCAAACAAAAGGAAAACUAUUACACCAAGACAUAUAAUGUUGGGAGUUCGAAAUGAUGCUGAGUUAAAUGAAUUGUUAAAGCACGUACAUAUUAGCCAUGGCGGAGUCCUACCGUGCAUCCAUCCUGCUUUAUUAAAGAGAAAAGGUGUGCUCACGAAUUCUCCAGGACAAGGUGGAGCUGCUAUCUCCGGGACAAACUUGUCUUCUCGUCAAGCCUCUUCUGGCAUCACCUCAAGUGCAAUGGUGACCUCAUAGAGUAAAUAUGCAAACGCGUUUACUCCUUAUGGACUAUAAUCUUUGUUUUUCCCUUUCCUAUCUUCUCCAUAAGUUGUCAGGGUACAUGAUUUCAUUGUAUUUUAUCCAUCAUUUGAAGUAUUGUAGUUAUUCUACUACCAAAAUAAAUACUCAUACCUAGGAUUGUUUUCUUUACCAAAUUAAAAUAUCUAUUAAGAAAACAUUUGUACCAUUCAAGUUAUCUGUUUCAAACUUUGUGUACUUCACUUUUGUCGUUUUUCCUUUGUCAAUGGUUAGCGAUCUUUUUAAUACGAUUGCUAGCCUUUUUUUAAUUGAAUGCUUUAGUCAUAUCUGUUAUAUUCUAUCCUCAAUGUUUUUCUUUUGCAACAUGUUGAAUAAAACGUCUAAUAGUUCU